UGUGAAUCAGGCCGUAGGUGACGUUGAUCGUACGCGUAAUUCUCCUCCUCCUUUAAUUCAAAAUAAAAAUCAUUUAGUAUCAAACAAAAGAAAAUGUGAUUCUCUUGUAACUGGUACUUAUUUAAAAGAGUCUCGAUCAAAAAUACGCAGAUCUUUAUCCAUUAAUGAUACUAUAAUACAUAAUCCUUCUUACCCUUCCGUUGAUGUUCCCUCCGAUUCUUCUCAAAAUUUACUUCUUUGUCAAAAUGAUUCUUCCACCCCUUUUCAUUUUACCACUAUCACUUGUUAUCAUGCUUCUGUUGCCCAAAAAUCUUAUGGUAGUGAAAAAAGGUUUUUAUGUCCUCCUCCUGUGGUCAUUCUUGAAAAACCUUCAAACUCUUGUAGAAAUUUUCAUAUAAAACCUGAAGUUUCAAUGUCUGUUGUAUGUGAAACUGGUGAACGUUCAAUGGAACAAAGGACUAUGCUUGAUGAAAAUAUGAAGGGUACCUUUAAAUAUUUACAUGUUAGUGGCACUGCUAAAGCAAAACAUUUCACUCUUAAAUUAAAAAUUUUUCAUAAGAAUUCUACUAUUCCAUACGCUAUGUUUGAUUCCGACCCUGUCACUAUCAUAUCAAAACCUUCUAAAAAAACUGCAAAAGCUAGAAAUAUUUCUUCUUGCAUUUCUUCCGGUGAUCAUAUUUCUCUUUUCAAUCGUAUUAAUUCUCAAACCGUACGGACUAAAUAUAUGGGCAUAGAAAGUGGUGAAUUAUGUGCAAAGAAUUCUACUUGGUCUUCUUUUCCUGGUUCUUUUUCGCCUAUAAAUUCCUCGAAAAGUUCUUCUCCGAUUUCUUCUCCCGGUUCUCCUUCUAAUUCCGUAUGCUCAAAGACUCAGAUUACUUAUGGUUCAGAAGUUGUUCUUUCCGAUCCAACGACUGGUUUUAUUUCCGAUCAUUUAAUUAUUCGUAAGGUAGAGAAAGGCCGUAUUGCUCAAGGCGCUUGUGGUCCUGUUAGUCAAAUGCAAAAAAUUGCAUUACAAUGUGUCCGUAUGAACGGUCGAGAAUCUCAUUAUCUUAGUGCCGCUGGUCCAAUAACGAUGGAUAGUCCUCAAUUACAAGAUCAAUGUACUGUUAGUGGUGCUUCACCUUUUCUAGGUUAUCAAUCUUCUCGGGUAGUUCAUAUGCAAAAUGUUGAAUUUGCAAAAGAACCUUUUCGAUUGGUUUCAACGAUGCAAAAUAUUCCUUGUACAAAAUCUGAUGCAACUUCUACAAUCGUCGAAGAAGUUGAUGAUUAUUUAUGUUGGACAAUC